CCCAUUGUGGGAUUCAAUUUCUUCUCCUCAGCCACAGAGGCAGAGCACAGAGAUGCAGCAGGGAUGGUGUGGGACCGUCAUUUCAUUUUUCAACCUGAUAGAAGCUAGAAGUGCUGAGGUGAUUGUCAGACAUCUGCAAUAAGCGGGGACAUGAUUCUGCCACGCUGAGUAAAGUGAGAAUGGGGAUGGCUGAAUCAAGAACUUAAUUAAUGGUAAUUAAUGAUGGAGUGUACACAGUCUAUCCUUGCCAUGGAGUAGUCUUGGAGAUUUAAUGGGUCAGUUCCAUUUUUAACUACUUUGAUCCUGCUUAUUCCUUAAAUCAAAAUCAUAAAGUUAAAGAAAUGAGGUCUGUGUGCCUUCUGCCUGGAGCUCAAACUCCCCUUCCAGCUAAAGAAGGAAGGCAGCUCAAGCUGUAAGCUGGUGAUCAUAUGAACUUUAUGUUUUGUGAGUGCAGGUGCAGGAGCCAUCAGCAGGAAGAGUGAAGGAAGAAACUUGUUUGCAGAGAGGGGCUGCUGCAGGAGGCAGAGCCAUUCCACCUAUAUUGGGCACGACAUCUCUGGCAGUCCUGUAAGUCUGGAUGUUGGGAUGUGCAGGUCCCACUGUUUAUCCCAAAGGAUAAACUCCCAUCAGUCUGGAUUUCCCAAACAUUCCUCUAUGCUGGACUUUCUUAGAACUAAAAAGUUGCAGGAUAGGCAGAUGGAGCAGCCUCUGUCGACUGGAGCAGAACGUUCCUGCCCUUUGGAUUCCCAUUGUGAACCCACUAGAGUUCACAUGGAGCGGGUGCUGCUGUUUGAAGGGGUUCAGGAAGUGGAAGUGAUUGAGGCCUGCCAGUGUAAUGCAAGCCCAGAGGAGUGUCUCCGGCUGCCAUCCCUGAAAACCUACUUUCCGGACACCCCGCUGGAGUUCACGGUGGAUGUUGGAAAGUGCUCCAGUCCAGCCCAGGCAAGAGGCGGACUCUUCUGUGCACCUACAAAGUUUGAUGGUGUUCUGAUCAAAAGCCCAAAUGGUGUUGAGGUGGUUCAAACUCUGGAAAACUGUGAAAUGAAAGAAACCUGCUAUCGAGUUUCCUAUGUGGAAUAUUAUUAUGAAAUCAUACACAACGCUGCUGGGGACAGAGAAGAGCGACUAAAGGAAAUUGAUGUGGGACGGUGCUUGGGGAGCUGCACCUCAGGGAAUCACUGCCUGCUUAGGCUGCAAAGCUGCAAUCCCAGACCCCCCAGUGUCCUUCCAGAGGAGGAUUCAGAAGACAUGAGAACAGAGGCUCUUCGAAGGCUUUUGGAAGUAUUUGGCAUAGAAGACCCUCCUCGCUCGCCCCACCAUAUCAAGCAGCCUCCCCAGUACAUGGUGGACCUGUACAACACGGUAGCAGGAGCUGAUGGCAUCACUAAAGACCCUGACAUCUUGGAGGGAAACACCGUCCGCAGCUUCUUGGAUAAAACUCACAGUGAUGAGAUGCAUUUCCUGUUCAUCCUAUCGAGUGUGGCUAAGAACGAGAGGAUCCUGACAGCAGAGCUGCAUCUCUUCAGACUGCGGACUAAGGUGGCUGAGGGACCUCUCUACAAGAGACAUCACUUCUGCCAGGUGAGUGUCUAUCAAGUCCUGGACAAGAACAAACUGGAUUCCUUUGAAGGGAAGAAGCUGCUGGCAGCCAGACUUAUCGCUUUGCAGGGCUCUGGCUGGGAGGUGUUUGGCAUCACACAAGCUGUUCGUGACUGGAUGGAAGAGGACAGCAGUAACCACGGCCUGCUGGUGACUGUCCGCGGCUUGGGGAGUGCUCCGGUGGAUCCCAGCAUGGUGCGAUUUGCAUCAGGAAGAGAUCACCACGAAAGCAAGAAGCCCAUGCUGGUUCUGUUCACUGAUGAUGGGAGACGAGGAGCUGCUCUGCCCAUCAGCAGCCUCCCAGACUUGAGCCCUCAGACUCCAGACCUCCCAGCUGCAUCGCUGGCACCAGAAGUGAGCGGGGCGCGGAAUGCCCGCUCGCUGGAUCAGUUCCUGCCAUGCCAGAGACAACUCCUCUCCGUGGACUUUGAGGAAAUCGGCUGGUCAGGAUGGAUCAUCUCCCCGAAAAGUUACAACGCGUAUCACUGUAAAGGAUCCUGUCCCUUCCCCCUGGGCGAGAACAUGAGACCAACGAACCACGCCACAGUGCAGUCCAUCAUCAACGCCCUCAAACUGAGCCAGGGCGUCAGCAGCCCCUGCUGUGUCCCAGACAAACUCUUCUCCAUCAACCUCCUCUACUUUGAUGAUGAUGAGAACGUUGUCCUUAAACAAUACGAUGACAUGGUGGCUGGGAGCUGUGGCUGCCACUGAUGCCUGUCCCAUAGGAAGAGCAGGAAUGGGUCAGGGCAACGAGGAACCUCCCUCCCUCAAUUGUAAACACGUCUGCUCCCAGGAACCAACCCUCCCAGAGCCACUCACCAGCGGGAGCCUAUGCUAUGCUGCCCACUCAGGCUAGAGGUACCUGCAUUUUCACCACACUUCCAAGAAUCUCUGUCCUGCAAGAAAUCCACAUCUCCAGCUGCCACCACUUGGCUCAGUGGGGCAAUUACACCAAAACGGCACCUAACUUGUCUAAAGCACCUGGGAAAUGCUUUGAUUAAAGACAAGCAGCCUACGCCUGAGAUGCCUUUGUGUGCCCCUGGUCCCCUCGAACGUUGUUGUGGCCUUUGUCACAUGGCUAAAGCCUACGCACCAUUCCAAAAGCUGUGGACUGGGCGCAUUUAAAAUAAAACUGAGUGGAUUAAAUUUCCCAGGUCCACUCCUGGUUCCAGUCCCGCAGAGUGUGGUGGAGAGACUCUUUGGGAAGCGUUGUGCAUGGAAAGGCCUCCUUGCAGGCUGUACAAUAUGUAUAUAGCAAA